UCUAAAAAAUGUUAUUUUGAGAAAUUGAGUUAUACAGGAUUUGAUUUUACGCUAGGGCUUACCUUUUCCACCUCUGAAUCUGCUGCAGACGGAGCCGUGAUCGUCACAGGUAGUCUGCCUAGGAGCAUAAUGGGUGAUUUUUCCAUUCAGAUUAGUUCAAACCUUGUUAAUAUGUUAAUUGAUGAUACCGAAAAACCGAAAAGAAAACCGAGAAGAAACAGAACCAAGGAACCCCAAGUAAAGGUUGAUCAGAAACAUGUAUCUGAUGAUUCUGGGAUGCUCAAGGGAAGCACAAGUGAUGGAUGGCCUCACCAAGCUCCUCCACUCUUUCUUCCCAUAAUUCCGCCCGUGCAUUCUGCCAAUCCAGAGCUAGACGCAAUCCGAUCCAUCCUGCAAGAGAGCGAAAGGGUCGUCGAGAAGUUGCAGAAGCAGGAGGACAACAUGGUGCAGGAAGUUACUCAAAGGGCAAAGGAACUCCAUGACAAGGAGUUCAAGCUCCCUUACCAAAAGCCCAUGCCAUGCGUGGCUGAGAGUGAAGCUUGCUUUCAAUGCUACAAAGAUCAUCCCAAUGACUCUUUGAAAUGUGCUCAUCUCGUAAAAAGUUUCGAAAACUGUAACCGUCAAGCUCGGCAGAAAUUGAGCUCGAGCUCGGUCGAGAAGUAGGAUUGCCAUCUGCAAUGAAUCUUCUCUUGUACUGAGAAUAUUGUGAUUCAAGUUCUCACUGAGAAAAGGAAAGAAAAAAACUGAUUUAGCCAACAGAAAUAACCCAAGACAUGACUGUUGGGGGUUCCUUUGAUUCAAUUUUGUGUGUUGUUUCUUGAAUCGUAUUGGCCAGCCUUUCUUUUAGGCUCUAUGGGUGUACUUAUAUGUCAUUCACUACCGUUCAAAUCGGUUCGACUA